GAAGUAUCGUGCCUCGAACUAUUUUCAGGUUUUGAAGACAUUUGGUUCCCUGAAACUAGCUUAACUCUUCUUUGAACAGUCUGUACUAGCCUUCCAGGAAUGGGGUGCUGUUUCAGUGGCGAGGAGAGAACUGAUGGCUCUAGGCAAGCAACUGAGAGAGAUCCAUUACUAGGAGGAACAUCAACACCAAUUACCAAUGGACAGAGACCAGUUGAUGAUGUACUCAACCAUAGUUCUGGCCCAAUAUCCAAGACAGAUGAACAAUCAUUAUUAAGCAGAAUACUUCAUCAAACUGCACACAAAGUCAUAGAUGUCUCCUCAACGGAACCUCACAGUAUAGAAAGAACGGAAUACAUGGAAAGAUCCAGACAGUACAUGUCAAAAUUAUCUGCUGUUAAUGGUUCAGCACUACAUAACAGUUCCAAUCUUCCUGGUGGAGUGAAGGCACCUUCGUCAGUGUUAGCUAGUGAACCAAUACCACAAGGAGAUGUAGCAUUUGCAAUCCAAGCAGCUAAAGGAGCAGAUGCAUCAUUAUCUGGGUUCCAUGUUGAACAUAGAGAUGCCCUUGUGGUACAGUUUGAAUCAUCUUAGGAAUUUCUGAUGUUGUAGAGAAUGAAAUAUUUAUUGAAAUUGAACCUUCCAUUAUUGUGCCUACCAGUAAUUACGAGUAAUUUCCAGAGCAACUUACAUCAAAAGAUAAGUAAAAACAGUAAAAGAAACAUGGGAACAACUUUGGUUGAGCCUUCACAGCCUCCUGCCUCUCAGCUGCACCUCUUGCCACUCCCAUAGGGGCAAUGAAAACUAGUCCCAUGGAAUUUUUGCUGAACAGUAAUAGAUUUGAAACUGAUAGGAGUAGGUGCCGGACUAAAACAAAAAUUUGUCAAUUAGUAAACAAGAUUUUGCAUUCAAAGUGACCAUAAUUAUGGAUAUUUAAUUCAGAGAGUAAUUCUUACUUGAUUGUCAAAAUACCUUUAGGUAGGGUAUGGGUUGGUUUUGCUUUAUUCUACUCUGCAUUUUGGUACAGGAAACUUGCAUUGCUUUUUCAACUGAGCAUAUUCAAUAUUUAAUGGAAAAAUAUCUUGCUUACACUGAAUUUUCCUGCACUUUAAAUUUGUUAAGCAUUUUGCUCUGAUUCCUCAAAGCAAUUUUGUUCUUUUUGAACUUGAUUACAUGUACUUGAUCUUCAUUGUACAACACCAACCUGAAA